CUCUGACGCGCGAAAUUCGCACAAAACAGUCUUCACGCCGAUAGCAUACCAAGUUUAUCUGCAGACAGUCGGUAUCAUUAGCGACUGCCGCAAAUUUCACUCUAUAGAUAUCGUUUCAUCCUGAUAGCUCAAACUAACGCGCAAUUGUGUGUCAUUCUCAAAGUACUCAUCGAAGCGUCAGCUUCAGCGAACGAUAAAAUGGUCGUUGCCAAAAAGUGGAUCUACGCCAAAGUUUUUGAUGGGUUUCCAACGGUGGAAAACUUUCGACUCGAAGAAGAAACUCUGGAUGGUGAAUUGAAAGACAAUGAAUUCCUUUCUGAAGCACUAUACCUCAGUGUGGACCCGUACAUGCGACCGUUCAUGGAACAGCAUUCGGAAGGCAUGACCAUGAUCGGUGGUCAGGUGGCUAAGGUGUUGGACAGCAAAAACCCAAAGUUCCCAACCGGGUCGUACGUCGUGGGUGCCUUCGGAUGGCGUACGCACUCCGUGUGCAAUCCAGACGAAGUGGCCGCCGAAUGGAAACCUUAUACGUUGCCGGACUUUGACGGGGAACCACUGUCGUUGGGGAUUGGGGCUCUGGGCAUGCCAGGUCAGACGGCCUAUUUUGGAUUCCUGGAGAUUUGCGAACCGAAAGAAGGCGAGACGGUGGUGGUCAGUGGAGCGGCCGGGGCCGUUGGAUCUUUAGUCGGUCAGAUAGCGAAAAUCAAAGGGUGUCAGGUUGUUGGCAUCGCUGGAAGCGAGGCCAAGUGUGAGUGGAUCAAAAGUUUGGGAUUCGAUCAUGCCAUCAACUACAAAACGGAGGAUGUGGAAGCCGAACUGAAGAAGGCUGCCCCGAAGGGUGUUGAUUGCUACUUCGAUAAUGUCGGCGGUAAGACGGCGGAAAUCGUGCGCAAACAAAUGAACAUCUUUGGACGAAUUUCCGUCUGCGGAACCAUUUCUAAUUACAACACAGAGCCGGAACAAGUUACGGAUCCGCAGAGGGACUACGUUUGGAAGCAAUUGAGACAAGAAGGAUUUAUGGUUUUUCGCUGGAACGACCGAAUGUUGGAGGCUAUCACGCAGUCCCUCAAAUGGAUCAAGGAGGGGAAGCUCAAGUACCGGGAAACUAUCACCGAGGGAUUCGAAAAUAUGCCACAGGCUUUCAUCGGAAUGCUGAAGGGAGAAAACACCGGUAAGGCAGUUGUUAAAGUUUGAAUGUCAAAUUGUUAUAUUAUCGAAUAAAUGUUGAAUGUUAAUGCGA